AUUUUUAAUAAUAACAAAAAUAUUAUGUUUUGUUUUUUUUACAUACUUUCUGCAACCCACUCCAAAUGAAAGUCCUCUUAAAAACACUUGAUGAAUGAUUCCGAUUUGUUCCGUGUGUAUUUCCAAACAGAACAAUGGACCAUGAGGUUCCUCCAUAAAGUCGGCUUAAGCAAACUUGCUUUUCCUGCCGCACAGCUUUGCCGUCCUCCCUUUUUACGACACGUCUCAGCACGCCGCCGUCCUGCAUCCCGGACAUUCCCUGGCCUGGGAAUGACGUGUUAUCCCAUUGUGGGGAAUAUGCUGGAAGUCUUACAUUAUUCUGCAGUGAAUGGGGUGCUGUGUUGUGGUGAAAAGCGGCCGUGUUCCACGUCCCUGUGGCUUAGUGUUGGUUACAUUCCAGCUUGGCGAUGGAGUCAUCCGUACGUUACUGCACCGUGCUGCGCUCUGCCGGCACGUCGCCGCCUUGCAUACAACGAUGAGUGAAGCUGCUGCAAGUGUUGACUUGACUCGAAAGCAGCGUUUAAUAAAUGUUCCCUUAUAUGUAAAUUAAUGAGUUGAUGUAGAGCAGGGGUCGGGAACCUUUUUGGCUAAGAGAGCCAUGAAGACCAGAUAUUAUAAAAUGUGUAUCUGUGAGAGCCAUAUACAUUUUUUUAAACAUUGAAUGCAAUAAAAUGUGUGCAUUUUUAUGUAAGACCAACAGUUUUAGAUAUAAUGGGCUCUAAUUACGUAGACCAGGCACACUACCCCACGCCAAUGGGGUGUGGCCAGCACACUUUCGUGAGCAGCGCAGUGUCUAAUAAUAAAUCAAAUACUUGCUGCCAUUAAUGUAACUUCUGCUGCUGCAUGGUUUUGCACCGUACUCAGUAUAUUUCAUUCUUUUGGCCAUCUUUGCCAGAAGGCUUGGUUCUGCAGCUUUAGCUAGGUGACUAUUUGACUAAAGGAGGAAAGUUUAUAUUUACAUGUUGACAUCUCAAUGACCGAGGUAGACUACAGCAUUACCCAGUAAUAAUCAAGUUUUGGUGUUUGACCUGGAAAAUAUCAUCAGGAAAGAUAGAUAUGGUCGGCCGUAUUGCAGUAGAAAAUAGAUGGACGGAUUAAAAUGCAUAAGAAAGUUGUUGAUUUUGAAUAUUUUUAACAGUGAUUUCUGUGAUGUUUACUUUAAAAUGUUAGCAAAAAUACAUUUUUAUUGUGGUAAAUGCUUGAGAGCCAGAUACAGUCAUCAAAAGAGCCCUACCUGGCUCCCGAGCCAUAGGUUCCCUACCUCUGAUGUAGAGGCACGAUGGCACAUACUAGGUGUGAAACGCAAACACAAUCCAAAAGGAACAUUGUUGUGUGGGGUUGGGCAGGGGCCAGCAAGGUGCAGGUGAGCUCCGGGUCAGCUGGUGCUUCAUUAACUGGUUUUUACUGCUCGGCUGGCUGCUUGCAGAGGGAGCCAAACGCAGACAUGGAGUAGGGACACCGUCAGUCCUACCUGUCUUUCAAGAUUUUUGGCGGUAGAUGAGGAGCAGGUUGGCCUUAAAAAGCUCACUAAUUCCUAAGCGGGUUGCGAGUCCUAGUGGGUUCUAAAGGGCCAUGAGCGGUUUUUGGUACCUUAUGGUCCCGGCUUUGGGAGGGUACGCCGUCGCCUCGCUGUACCUGCUGAAGAAGCCACAGGUUCUCCACAGGAGGAAACGCACGGCCUUCCACUGCACACACAUCUCCCACAGAGGAGGAUGUGGCGAGAGGAUAGAAAGCACGAUGGAGGCGUUCACUCACGCGGUCAAGCAGGGAACGGAGAUGCUGGAACUGGACUGUCACAUGACACACGACGGGCAUGUGGUGGUGUCACAUGAUGAGAAUCUCCUGAGGCAGACGGGACAUGACGUCACCAUCUCCUCACUCAGACUACAGGAUUUACCUUUGUACAAGGACAGGCUGGAGGUGACGUUUAACGCAGGUCACUACAGCAGCGGCGCAGACAGGAAGUUUGCUUUGCUGGAGGAUUUGUUCAGAAAAUUCCCAGAGAUUCCGAUCAGCAUUGAGAUUAAAGAGAACAACAACCAGCUGAUCGAAAAGGUAUCCGCGCUGGUCAAACGCUACCACCGGGAGGAGAUCACCGUGUGGGCGUCAGCCAACUCUGCAAUCCUGACCAAGUGCCGCCAAACGAACGGAGCCAUGCCGUACAGCUUCUCCAUCUACCGAGGCGUGCUGCUUCUUCUCUUCUUCUACAGCGGCCUGCUGCCCUUUGUGCCGCUGGGAGAGAGCCUACUGCAGUUCUACCUGCCCCGCAUAUUCAACAGGUGUGCCGGACUCGCUGUGGAACUCCACAUUCGUGUACUUUUGGUGGAAUAUUGCAUUCAAUUGAAGUGUCUUUCUCUUUUUUGUGAGCAGGACGUUUAUUCCCGAGAACACGUUUCUGAGGAACAGAAUGGUCGUCUUUUUAAUAGAAAAAAUAACUAUGAGGAAAAGUCUCUUCAAACAUCUUGCAGCUCGUGGAAUCCAGGUAUGAUUCUAUUUCUUUUUAUUAUUAUUCAUUCAUUCAUUUUCUACCGCUUAUCCUCGCGGGGGUUGUGGGGGGUGCUGGAGCCUAUCCCAGCUGUCUACGGGCGAGAGGCGGGGUACACCCUGGACUGGUGGCCAGCCAAUCACAGGGCACAUAUAGACAGACAACCAUUCACACUCACAUUCAUACCUAUGGACAAUUUGGAGUGGCUAAUUAACCUAGCAUGUUUUUGGAAUGUGGGAGGAAACCGGAGUACCCGGGGAAAACAUGCAAACUCCAUACAGAAAUGAUCGAGGGUGGGGAAAGGCAAAAUUAGAAGCCAAAAAGUUACCACUUCCACACAAAAUAGGAGGAGAACUCAUUAAUUUAUUCAUUUUCAACCGCUUAUCCUCACGAGGGUUGCGGGGGGUGCUGGAGCCUAUCCCAGCUGUCUUCGGGGCGAGAAGCGGGGUCCACCCUGGACUGGUGUCCAGCCAAUCACAGGGCACAUAUAGACAAACAACCAUUCACACUCACAUUCAUACCUGUGGACAAUUUGGAGUGGACAAUUAACCUAGCAUGUUUUUGGAAUGUGGGAGGAAACCGGAGUACCCGAGGAAAACAUGCAAACUCCAUACAGAAAUGAUCGAGGGUGGGGAAAGACAAAAUUAGAAGCCAAAAAGUUACCACUUCCACACAAAAUAGGAGGAGAACUCAUUAAUUUAUUCAUUUUCAACCGCUUAUCCUCACGAGGGUUGCGGGGGGUGCUGGAGCCUAUCCCAGCUGUCUUCGGGGCGAGAAGCUGGGUCCACCCUGGACUGGUGUCCAGCCAAUCACAGGGCACAUAUAGACAAACAACCAUUCACACUCACAUUCAUA